GCAAUCAACCAACCCACCAUGCCCUCAGCAGCCCACAACCUCCUCAUCCACCUCCUCAUCUCCAUUUCCACCGUUGGUUCCACCCUCUCACCUUCCCCUUCCCUCACCUUCCUCCCCUCCCAAACCCAUGCUGCCGCCGUCGACUUCGGCUCCACCACCCAUUCCCUCCCCCUCGCCGUCCUCCUCCCCUCCUCCCCCUCCCAAAUCUCCUCCCUCAUCCUCUCCGCCCUCCUCUCCCCCCCCCCCCCCCCCCAAACCUCCUCCCUCACCCUCUCCGCCCUCCUCUCCUCCCCGCCCCUCUCCGUAUCCCCUCGCGGUCACGGCCAUUCCCUCCACGGCCAGGCCGGCGCUCCCGGCGGCGUUGUCAUCUCCAUGACCGGCGGAGGCGGAAGGCGCAGAAUGUCACCUCCGGCAAACUCGAUCGCCGGAAAUAUGUACGUGGAUGUGUGGGGAGGAGAAUUGUGGAUCGAUGUGCUGAAUUGGACGCUGAAGAAUGGCGGAUUGGCGCCGCGUUCGUGGACGGAUUAUUUGUAUCUCUCGGUGGGAGGAACUCUGUCCAACGCAGGGGUCAGCGGGCAGGCUUUUCACCAUGGACCGCAGAUCAGUAACGUGUUUGAGCUCGAUGUGGUUACUGGGAAGGGAGAGUUAGUAACUUGCUCACUGGCAGAGAAUGCAGAGCUUUUCCAUGCUGUUCUUGGUGGCUUGGGGCAGUUCGGAAUCAUAACCAGAGCAAGGAUUGCCCUUGAGCCCGCUCCACAAAGGGUUAGAUGGAUCCGAGUUCUUUACUCGAACUUCACCUCCUUCACAAGGGACCAGGAGCGGCUCAUCUCGCUCCAUAACCAACAAAGGUUCGACUACAUCGAAGGUUUUGUCAUUGCCGAAGAAGGCCUUAUCAACAAUUGGAGAUCCUCCUUCUUCUCCCCUUCCAAUCCCCCCGUGACCCUUAGCUCCAUCGGCGGCCGCCAGGGAGCCGUUCUCUAUUGCCUUGAACUCACCAAGAACUACCACCACUCUUCCUCCGACUCUAUCGAUGAGGAAGUGGAGGCUCUGCUGAGGGAACUGGACUUCAUACGGGGUUCGGUUUUCACAACGGACUUGGCUUACGUUGAUUUCCUGGACCGGGUUCACAAGGCCGAACUGAAGCUGAGGGCUAAGGGGCUGUGGGAGGUCCCGCAUCCCUGGCUCAACAUUUUUGUGCCCGCGUCCCGCAUAGAGGAAUUUGAUCGUGGGGUCUUCCGGGGCAUUCUUGGAAAUAACACCAGUGGCCCAAUUCUCAUUUAUCCCAUGAACAAGGACAGGUGGGAUGAGAGGAGCUCAGUGGUCCUGCCGGACGAGGACAUUUUCUAUCUCGUGGCCCUCUUGAGGUCCGUCGUGCCGGGUUCCGACGAUCCGAGUAAGACUUUGGAGUACCUCUCUGAUCAAAAUAGAAAAAUUCUCGAGUUCUCAGAGUCGGCGGGCAUCGGCGCGAAACAAUACCUUCCUAGUCACCGCGGGCCGGCCGAGUGGGAGCGCCACUUCGGGCCAGCCCGGUGGGAGAGGUUUCUACGUCGAAAAGCUGAGUUCGACCCGAGCUGUCUCCUCGGGACGGGUCAAAGUAUCUUUCACCCUUCAUCUUGUCCAUUCUCUUCCUUUUUGUCCCCCACAUGAAUCAAUAGUAAGAGAUUUUGGAGGGAAGUAGCAAUAGGAAGAUGGCGGGCCGGGCUGCCUUUUGGGUGAAAGCUAUAAAGGAGAAGAGGAUUGAUUCACGAUUGAUGGGAGGUGGAAAGGAAGGCAUGUUGAUGUGUUAUUGAUGAACAGAACAAAAACAAAGAAGUGAGAAAGAAAGUGGUGGGGACCUUCAUGAAGAGGAUGUGGGCACAUGAUGAGCUGCAUGAAAAGGAAGAAUUUCAGGAUCUUAUCAAGCAAAAAAGGUGUUUGAUUUCACUUUACAGAAGACAAUAUAU